UCCUGGGCACUUUCUGAGCACUUGUGCUUGUGUUGCCGGUUGCCUUUUUCCAUCUGGAGAGCAGGAGGGGCGUGGAGCCCUGAGCUGCGGGCAGAAAACAGGCGCCAAAGCGAGAGCGCUUAGUUUUCCCUUUCUCUCUCUCCGUCUGAGCGAGCGAGAGAGCGAAAGGAGGAGAGAGGCACCUGAUGAAUGAAAGCUCCGCCUCCGCGCCUUUAAGAGAGCGGCGGGUUAUCCUCCUCGACCACUUGAAGCCCCGAAAGCGGCUCGCCAACGCCUGGAGCGCCGCGAUGGAAGGGGACCGUCUCGGGCUCCGCUCCCAUUCGCCGCCGGGGCUGCUCCGUUCGCCCUUCGCGUGCGCAACAUGACUUUCCGCGGGCUUUAUGGGGGCCGGCUCAACUCCACUCAGUUCGGCAUGGCCCCCCUCAAUGCCGCCGGCUGGAGCCGGGAGAAAGGCAACGGCAGCGGGACGUUCGCGGAGCAAUGCGCCUCCGUGUCGGUGGCUUUCCCCUUGACCAUGAUGAUCACGGGCAUGGUGGGCAACGGACUGGCCAUGCUGCUAGCCUACCGAGCUUACCAAAAGAAGGAAAACCAGCGGAAGAGGCCGUUCUUGCUGUGCAUUGGUUCCCUGGCCUUGACGGACCUCACCGGGCAGCUGCUGACCAGCCCCGUGGUCAUCACAGUAUACUUGGCCAAUCGGAAAUGGCGAGAGGUGGACCCUUCCCAGGGCCUGUGUGCCUUUUUUGGCUUGGCCAUGACCGUUUUUGGUCUUUGCCCUCUCUUCAUUGCAAGUGCCAUGGCUGUGGAAAGGGCUCUGGCCAUCCAGGCCCCCCAUUGGUACACUGGCCACAUGAAGACCAGGUUGACCAGGACUGUUCUACUUUGUGUGUGGCUGACUAGCUUUGCCUUUGCUCUCUUGCCCAUCAUGGGCAUUGGGAAGUAUACACUUCAGUGGCCUGGCACCUGGUGCUUCAUCAGUAUGAAGGAGCACGAAAAUCCCUCGGUGGGCAAUGCUGUUUUUGCUUCUACAUUUGCUCUCUUGGGUCUCUUUUCCCUCGCUGUCACUGUGGCAUGCAACAUGACAACCAUAACUGCACUGGUGUGUCGCUGCUGGUCCAAGAGCUCAACAUCCCGAUCAAGGAAGCAGUGGGGCAGGAUUACCAUGGAAACCUUUAUCCAGUUGCUGGGAAUCAUGUGUGUCCUCCUUGCUUGUUGGUCCCCACUUUUGGUGACAAUAUUGAAAGUGACUUUUAACCCCAAUCCUAUGAAUCAAUGCAGAGAAUCCUGUAACCAAACCCAAAGUACAGAACAGCAGCCAGAAUGCAAUUUCUCCUUAACCCAUAUCCGCUUGGCUUCACUGAAUCAGAUCCUGGACCCCUGGGUUUACUUGCUACUUAGGAAGAUCUUCGUGCAGAAGUUUUGUCAGGUAGCCCGCGCCAUUUCAUGCCACUCUCAGGACAAAUGGAAAGGGCAACAUAUCAUUUUAUCCAACAAAAUCAGACGGACAACAGUUUGAAACAACUUUAUGUCGGUACUUUCUUUUAGAUCUAGUGUUUUCCUUACUGUGAAUCUGGACAUCCAGCACAUGUCCAUUUGUGUCUGUAAAUUAACUGUGGGGAAGUUAAAGUUAAGUGGAGUUUUUUUUUAAUUCACUAAUUUAAAAAUAUCAAAGCAGGGCUAAACCUGAUUAGACUAGGGUUUUAAAAAAUAGCAGAAGGUGGCAGUGGCAAAAUCAGUUCUCAAAUGCUGCCCAGAAAAUUAUGUGUCCAUCACCAGCAAUUAAAAUAAUUCUGUCAAUCAACAUUACAUUUUUGAACAUGCUGGCGGAAGAACUAUGAAUAGAAAUAGUCUAUUGUGAUAUCAGGAGGCAUCAGGGAAUAAUCAUGUUUUCUGGGUCUGAAAAAUAUGGCCCAGGAUCUGUGUAAUAUUGCAAAUGUGUCAAAUUUUAUAUUUAGUAAAAACUUGCCAAAUUUGAGAAAGUCUUCUGUUGAGGAUCUGAUUGGGAAUGUGACUGAUUCCCACAUUGCACUAAGUCAAUAUGUGAUUUUGGGGGGGGGGGAAUGUUGGUUUAGCAUAUUGUAAGAACCCAGUUGAAAGAAAUACGUUAAACCAACCAAAUUUUAGUGUGUUGUGAAUCUAUUUUAAGAUACCAUUAUAUUUACAUAUUGCUGACUUCCAAAAAGAGAUUGUCCUGAUAUAGUUGUUUAUCUGCAGUAGUGCAGAUUGUUUUCUCAAUAAUUGAAUUAAAUUGCCCACUGAUUUUGUAUGCCUAUUGACUGUAUUGGAUCACUUGGUUCACAUUAAAACAGUCAAAUUAAUGUUCUACUGAAAUCAGUGUAAAAGUACUAAGGCUAAAAUCUCAGUGAUUUAAAUAAGGUUUGUAUCUUGAAUCCAUAUUACAUAUGUAUUAAUAUAUGUGUGUAUUUUUUUAUUAGCUACUGUAUAAUUAGUAUAGGAUUAUGAUGUAGUUAAAAUAUUUCAUGUGAUGUUUUAAACCAAUAUUAAUUUGGCAAAUUAAAUACAAUUUUCAUUGGACAUGCAUAAUUAUAUAUAUAAGAUAGUUUAACUAAUCCAUUAGUUAAAAUAUGGAUUAAUCAGACUUUCUGUAUGUGACAUCUUCCAAUCCUAUUGAACUCCAUUCACCCUUAGACAAUACAAUUUGUGGGCAGAUGGUCAAAUAUUGCGGUAGUUAUAAUCUAAAACUUAGGUGCGCUUAGAGAAAUCUACAUUGCAUAAUACAUAGAUGUUGGCAUUACUCAUGGACUUCAUGGAAUUUAGUACUUCAUAGACAAGUCAGCAGGUACAUAGAGAUAAACAACAUUUACAUAUCAUUCAAAAGAGAUAAUUAAAAGAUAAAAAGGAAACAAAAAAAGCAGAAAGCCUCCUGGCCAGCAAUCAAUACCCAGACAAGCAGAGAUUAAUAGCUGGAUUAACCCCAGACAAACAAGCAGUAACCAAAACCCUAAUCAAAGAACUACCAGUUCAGAGAAUCAAGCAGUAAACAACAGCCCAAUCAAGGAACUACCAGGGAGAAAACAUCACCCCCACCAACAUUGACAGGGCAAGCUACCAUAUAUAUACAUAAACAGAGAGCAAACCAGCUCCCUUCCAGCAAUGAAAACAUUACCUAGCCAGGUAAUGAAACGUCUGAAUGAAAACAACCAAACUCAGGGAGCACUAAGGACUCCACAACCAAAUUAGUUCCAAUCAAAUUAUUUCAAUUCCCUCAGCUGAAUAAAAUAUUUAAUAACAUAUAUGUAGGAUCACCGAAGUUAGACCAAAUACUACUUAACCUUUUUUUAAUGGUACCUACAAGGUCUGGUUAUUCUUUUCAUCCAAGCAGCAUCAUGAUUUUUUAAAAAUUUUCUCAGGUUUUCUUCUUAUUAACUUAUUCUGUUCAGCUAUUUUACUAUUAUAUUUCUUAAGUACCCAAGAACUGCUAAAAAAAGAAAAAGAGAAUAUAACCAAUUUUUUAAAUAACCAAAAUAUAUUAACAGUACUUUUCUAUAAUUAAUUGUAAAACUAAUUUAUCUAAACAUUUAUUUUUCUUCUGUUUCUACCUUUCUAUGUUGACUUUAUUUUUAGGAAAGUAAUUUUUAAAAACGUCAGAAACCAAUGUGAAACUAUGUUCACAUUAUGAACAAACAUAUUUAUGUAGUCACCAAGAUUCAAACCUGAUUUGAAGCAGAUACUAUCUUGGUACCACAAACAUUUGUUAAUACACACUUGUAGAGGCAUUUUAGAAAACCGUUAUAUUUCCAGUUUAGUGACAUAUUUUGAUUUCCCCUUCAUAAUAGAAAAGGUCUAGAAGUUUAUUGCCAAUUUUGAACUUGCUUGUUUCUCUUGCUGAAAAAAGGUAGGGAAUCUUCACACAAAAGUUGUAAACACUUUCCAAUUAAUCCUGUUUUUCAAACCAUGAUUUAGGUCUCCUAGGAAAAUUCCUUUCAGAGAAACACAGUACUGGGGGAGGCUUACUCUGCGAACUGAAGAACAAAUCUUAAUCAUCGUCCCAGAGUUACACAAUUCUAAAUUAAUGCCAGUUGAGGUUUCAAGUAAACACAUACUAUUCUUGUCACAAGAAGAAAUCAAUUUGAAAUAAUAAAUGAGAAAGUUCUGGAGGCUGUCAGGGAUAUUGUGCAGAAUGUGGAGUUAUAUCUUCCUAAGUCUAUUCAAGGCCAAUCAUCUCUUCAAAAAUAAGUUAUCUCAGCUGUUAGACACUAGCAGGCAGCUUAUUCCUUUGUGUAUUCAUAAGGUGCAUAUGAAGCAAAUCUCAUAUGGAAUAUGACACAAUUUGUAUUGGGAGUUUGUCUGUAUUUAUAUUGGUGUAUGUGUACAACUUUUGACACAUUUGCACAGAUAAAUGAGGGUAUGUGAGUGAAAUUGUGGUUGUAUUGUAAAAUUAGAAGAAAGACUUGGGAAGAACAGUUACAUUUAUUUGGCUAAGAGUGGAGUACUGGAUACUGAUAGUUGAUAGAAUUGUAGCCAAAAUGAGGCAAAUAAGUUGCCAACAAGUUUGGGCAACUUUGCAAAAACGUUUUUAAAAUACCCCUAAAAUAUCAUUAAAAUCUGAACAAGCUCAAAUAAGGAUGAAACUUAGAAUAUAUCAGUAAUCACAAAAUGAAGAAAAACAGCUGGAAGAGUAAAUGGAUAGGGGAGAACAUAAUGGAAAUAUAUUUAGUUGGAAUAGCUGAUGGGGGUUUUUUUGCCCUUGGUCAUUCUGUUUCUCUUUUUUAUGUCAGGAAAUAUCUUUGAAAUGAUGACCUAACAGAUCAUGGAUUGUCUAGGAAAAUCUAGCAUUUAUUAAAAGUUAUUGUUAUCUUUCAAUGUAAGUUUUCAGAGGACACUUAGCUUUGUAUGUUAUGUAUGUGAUUGUAAACCAAGUUUCAUUUCUCUUUUUGUAUUCAUUAAAAGCAUAUGUCCAGUCCCUUGUGCACAAAAAUUACCACUCCCCCCAUUUACUAGCCUCUUUUUAAAUGUAUGACAUUUUAAAAUAUAUUCAAAGGCUGAGUUCACAUAAUUGGCUAAAAUAUGCUGUGUGAUUUAUGAUUUAGCAUUCAUAGGAAUCUAGUUAUUUACUUUAGCAAGUUGUAGGAACCACAUCAUUUUAAGCUAAAAUAUGUUUCCCUUAGACAAAAUGUGUUAUAUGUUUGCAGCUAUUUUAUUUUGUUAAUCUAGGUUUGGAGGGUUUACAAAGGUGUGUGAACCCAACCAAAAAGAAAACCAUCCAUCCAGGAGAAUACACUCUGUUUGUCCUUGAUACUGGUCUAUGUUGCUAUGUACAGCAGUACUUUAGUUAAUGGCAAUCAUGUUUAUUAUAUUCUUUAUUAUUGUUGCAAAGAGAAACAAGUAUGUAGAUUUUAUUGCACAAGUCUGUUUUGAACCUAUUGCCAACAUAUAGAAUUUUGAGAACUUAAUUGUAAAUAAUAGAUUUUUGGAAUUCCAUUCACCAGAUAUAAUUUUUAAAAUUGCUGCUUUUUAAGAAAGAACUAUUUUUUUUAUUUCACUUGGAGUUUGGUUUUUAAUGUGCUUGCAUGAAAUCUGUUGAGUUGCUGUUUUUAUUUAAUGGUUUACAGUGUCAGUUUGUUGCAUUAGAUGUAUUUUAACGUUUUAUAUAUUUAAACUGACUUAUGAAAGCAAUGUGUCCAUGAAAGAAAUAUAUUUAAUAAACAGACCUGUGAAUGAAAAAA